AUGCAUUUUUCUUUUUCCAACAGUAAAACAUUGUUUUUUUCAAUUAUUCUUUUUAGUUCCUUAUUUUGAGUUUUAAUUUGGUGGAUCAAGUUGAAUUCAUUAUGGCUUACACGUAGUUCCAAUAAAUUCAACUUCAUUUUCACUUUGAAUAUCGUUCAGGGUUUUAUUUUUAGUUUUUUUCUUACUUCUGGUCAUUGAUUUCUUCUUGAUAUGUAAGACUCUCAAUUCACACCCUGUAUUGCGAUUAGCCUCAAUUAGGCACAGCUUUCAAUGACAAAAAUACCACAAAUGUCAGAUUUAUGUGAAAAUAUAAUGGCGAAAAUGUACUUUCUUAUGGAAUAUCGGAGCUCCUAAGGGAAAUACCAGUCUAGCGGGUCAUGGAGUUCGGCGAUGGUGUUUUAAAGGCUCUUCUUAUAAUAUUAAUGGAAACAUCGACGUGCAGUGAGUUUUAGAAGGUAUGUAGUACAUAGUUAGUGACUGUUUGCUGCUGCACAAGCUUAUGUAGCACUUAGUCGUGUAAGCUCUUUAGACGGUAUUCGGAUUGAAGAACCUUAUCGCUCUAAGUUAAGAGGAAAAACCCAAUGCAACAGUGAAGCUUAGGAAUAAUGAAUUCGAGCAAUCUGAGCAUGUUCCGGGACUUUCAGAUUAUUGUAGUAACAUACUGUGCAGGAAUGUGAUAAUGUAAAGAAAAAAAUACUGUCACCUGGAAGACAGAUAAAUCAAAUAUAUGUCAAUGUACUGAAAAGUAGCUUUGUGAUUGAAAAGUUCACUAUAGUAAAGAAGAUUUGUCAGUA